CUCACUUUCGCGCCUGAGAGCUACUGUGACCAUCGUGACCAGUGGCACAUGAUCCGCUCACGGCAUACCCUACUGCAAUACACACUACACUGACUACACCUUCACCUGGCACUUAUCAAUCCGCAUUGCUACAAACAAAGAGGGAACUGCAGACAGGAACACGAAUCACAACACAAACACAUCCUGAAAGACAACACCUCUCGGCAUCAUGCAUCUCACCGGUGCGCUCGCACUACUGUCGUUGGCAUGGACUCCAACCGUGCUGGGGGCAGACGGCAAUGCAUGGAGAGGUAGAACGAUAUAUCAGGUCUUCACUGAUCGCUUUGCGCGCACUGACGGCUCCACAACUGCAUCAUGUGAUACAAGCAUAGCCGACUACUGUGGCGGCACCUGGAACGGUCUCAUCAAUAGACUGGACUACAUUCAAGGUCUCGGCUUCGACGCGAUAUGGAUUUCGCCCAUCACUCAUCAAGUCGAAGGUCUCUCGAUUGACGGCGCGUCGUACCACGGCUACUGGCAGGAUGACAUCAACUCUGUGAAUGAGAAAUUUGGUACCGCUGAUGACUUGAGAGCGCUGGCGGCCGAGCUCCAUUCCAGAGGCAUGUAUCUCAUGGUCGACAUCGUGGUCAACCACCUCGCCUACAUUGGAUCUCCCGACACGAUCGACUACAGCACAUUUCCCCAAUUUCCCUCCUCCGAAUACUUCCAUCCUUAUUGCUCCAACAACUACCUGCCGGACAACUUGACGAAUCUCGAACAGUGCUGGAUGGGGAGCACGAACGUGCCUUUACCUGACCUUCGCACUGAAGACUCAGCGGUUCAAGACAUUUGGAACUCUUGGAUCACCAAGCUGAUUUCCGACUAUUCGAUCGAUGGCCUUCGUAUUGACUCGGUCAUGGAAGUCAACACAGGAUUCUGGGCCUCGUUUCAAGCAGCUGCUGGAGGGAUCUACUCACUCGGAGAAGUUUAUCUGUCUGAUAGCGACAUUGUUGCUGGAUACCAGGACUACUUACCUGGCGUCUUCAACUAUGCCUACUAUUUUUCACUCGUCAAUGCAUUCACAGAUUCCGGCACCAUCGCUGACCUGGCCGACAUGAUCAACACGAUCAAGGGAGGCGCAUACACAGACACAUCACUCUUGGGCACGUUCUCUGAAAAUCACGAUCAGCCACGAAUCGGAGCCCUCACAUCCGACCUUACGCUCGCCAAGAACGUAAUUGCGGGGACAAUGUUGACCGAUGGCAUCCCUGUCAUCUACCAAGGACAAGAGCUCUUCUACCAAAACGUCGGUUGGGGCGGUUCAGGUAACCCGUACCCUUGGGACCGCGAAGCAAUCUGGCUCUCAGGCUACCCCACCGACGGCGAACUUUACAUUGCAACCAAGACCUUCAACUCGGCACGCAAGAACGCCGCAAACGACGACUCGACCUACCUCACCUAUCAAAACUACCCCUUCUACACCGACGACACCACCAUUGCCAUGCGCAAAGGCAAAAUGGUCACCAUCCUCUCCAACCUCGGCAGCAGCGGUUCCAGCUACACGCUCAGUCUCACAUCGGGCUACGACAGUGGGACACAGGUCACCGAGCUCUUGACCUGCGGGACGCUCACGGCUUCGAGCGAUGGAAUCCUGGAUGUCCCCAUGAGUGCCGGUCAACCGAGGGUGUAUUACCCGACUGCCAGUCUUGGUGGAUUUUCGUUGUGCGACAGUAGUAAUUCGAGCAAGCGGAUUAUGAAGACUCGUUCGGCCAAGUGGCGAUAUUCGAUGGCAAAAGAUUCUUGAUUUUUUUUGGCACACGGAUGAUGAUGAUAUCCAUGAACCGACCGACCUCUGGCCACGACUUGAUCUUUUUUCCUUAUUUUUCUUCCAUCUUAUUCUUUUUUUUUUGUUUCUUGUUGUUUUCUUUUCCCUCUAUUUUUUUUUCUGGAAAUUCCAAAGCUUCACAAUCAUCGCGACUUGCAUGAGGAACGAAUCGAAUCGAACCGAACCAGGGGAAAAGGGAACAAAGGGAAAAGGGAACAGGGAAACAAACAAACGAGCAUAUAUUGCAUGCGAUGGGUGUUGUUUGUGGGGAUUUGUUUUCCCCCCACACGAGAGACGUCUGGUGUGUUUUGUUGAUGAUGAUGACGAUGACGAGGCUCGUCGACAGAGUGACUUGAGCACUUUUCUGGAUCUCAUUUUUUGUUCUUCAGCGCUGGGCAUGAAGAAAAGAAAAACAUGUGAAUGUGGUGGUGUGUGGUGAGCGUGUAUAUGAUUGAGAGUGAUGGUUGUUUUUGCAUAUGGGGAAACGCCAGAGAACAACAGCAUGGCAUUUUUUGGGGGAGUUUUCUUUUUCUUCGAACAGAACUGGCGUACACACACAGUCGUUAGGUACCCUACAGUAGUCAUCAG